AUGAAUAAUCUAUUCACCGCGUUUUCUGUGGCUGUGAUUUCACAGCUACGCUUUGCGUUAUUCACGGACAGCGUGGAGUCUGCAGUAGAGUCAUUAACUGCUCAAAUAAUAAACUUUUACAAACUCUCACAUGUUGUGGUUGAUAUGAAAGAGGAACCAAAAGAGGAAAAACUUGUGGAGAUGAUAACUCAAAGACCACAAAAUGGAGGAGAGCAUCCAGAACUUGUCAAUAUAGUAGUUUUCAAAAAUCUUGAAACCACUUCUGCAUCAUACCAACGAAAAAUCAUACAUUUUAUAAAUGCAUUGGACUCCUACAAUACCAAUUCCCUGCGAUUACUGCCACAACCCAUUCAAUUUGCACAACUGAAGGCUUCUCGUCCACAGAUAUUCAUGAUAAUACCGGUUAUAAAACGACGAGAAGAUGGAACACCUCCUCAAUUGGUGCCUCACUUGCGCCAUAAAUUUGCAUUUUCCCAGUUUUAUAAUGCUCUGGAUCUGGAUCUGCUUGCUGUUGCUGUAGUUCCCGACUUGCUAGCAUUGAGGCUUCUCGUGGAUCAAGUUUUCGUUUCGGCAGAAAUCAGAGGGUAUAUCUAUUCGUUGCUAGUGCACAUUCGAACACAUCGGCUCUGUUCGCUUAACUCUAUGGGGGCCCGGCCCCCUACUGGAACCCUAGAUUGGGUGAGGACGGUGGCAGCAGCUAUGGUUGUGUGGAACGAGCAUGAGCGAGAAAAGAAGAAUAGUGAAUCGGGUGAACAAACAGAAAAAAAAGAGAACGACGAAGAAGACAAAAAAACAGAGAACGAAGAUAGAGAGAAGGAAGAGCUAAAUGGUUUUGUCGAGCAGGUAUCGGAUACAAUUUCUCUGAGCGAACGAGGUGGUGAAGAGAACGAUCUAUUUUUAACUCCCACAUUUGUUCAGGUAGCAAUCAGAAAAGUCACCUACUUCCAGGUCGACUGGGAACUGGACACCAUCUUUUCGCGCCACUGGAACGGUCCUGAAAAACAUCGUCAACAAGAAAUAUCUAUGCUAACCGGCGAUUGGUACGGCAGUGAGUGGGUAUACGCCAAGCGCUACAUUGACGAACAUAGAUCCCAGCCCAGUGACCACACUCCUACAGGAAUCACCAACGAUAUAGUGGAGGAUGCAAUUGCCCGCGUGAGACCGCCGAUAUAA